AUGGAGAAUUAUAAUAAAACCUCAACUGAUUUCAUUUUAUUAGGGUUAUUCCCUCCAUCAAGAAUUGGUUUGUUCCUCUUCAUUCUCAUCAUUCUCAUUUUCCUAAUGGCUCUGUUUGGCAACUUUUCCAUGAUCCUCCUCAUUCUAAUAGACAGACAUCUCCACACACCGAUGUAUUUUCUUCUUAGUCAGCUUUCUCUCAUGGACCUGAAUUAUAUCUCCACCAUUGUCCCCAAAAUGGCUUUCAACUUCCUCUUUGGAAACAAGUCAAUCUCCUUUAUUGGAUGUGGAAUCCAGAGUUUCUUCUUCUUGACUUUGGCAGUUGCAGAAGCACUUCUCUUGACAUCUAUGGCCUAUGACCGCUAUGUGGCCAUUUGCUUUCCUCUCCACUAUCCCAUUCUUAUGAGCAAAAAAGUGUGUGUUCAGAUGAUAAUAGGAUCUUGGAUAAUUGGGUCCAUCAACUCUUGUGCUCAUACUGCAUAUGUACUUCAUAUUCCCUAUUGCCAAUCCAGAACCAUAAAUCAUUUCUUCUGCGAUGUUCCAGCCAUGCUGACUCUAGCUUGCAUGGACACCUGGCUCUAUGAGUACACAGUAUUUUUUAGCACCACUUUGUUCCUUGUAUUUCCCUUCAUUGGAAUUACUUGUUCCUACGGACGUGUUCUUCUUACUGUCUACCGCAUGCCCUCUUCAGAAGGGAGGAAGAAGGCCUAUUCAACCUGCAGUACCCACCUCACUGUGGUGACUUUCUACUAUGCACCUUUUGCUUACACUUAUCUACGCCCAAGAUCCUUCAGAUCACCAACAGAAGACAAAGUUCUGGCUGUUUUCUACACCAUCCUCACCCCUAUGCUCAACCCUGUCAUCUAUAGUUUGAGGAACAAGGAGGUGAUGGGGGCUCUGAGAAGAGUUAUUAUCAGAAUCUGCUCUGUGAAAAUGUAG